UAAGAGCCCAACAGAACCCCAUCACCAAAACCAGGGCAACUCCAUACCAACUGAUCCAGAUCCAGCACAUCCAAAUCCAGCUUGGCUUGUCUCACCACGUCUUAUUUCUGAGAACUGACCUGGCUCUGUUUGAGAUGAAGUUCUGCCAGAUUCACUGUGUCCUGGCCCUCCUGGUUCUGACCCUGGCAAUUUGCAGCCAUGGAGCUGCCUCACAGCCUGAUUUGGACAUCCACAGCCGCCGACUCCUUCAGAGGGCCCGUGCUGCUGGAACGGCUACACAGGGUUGGAGUAGGCAAGCAGUGGAGGACAUUCUAUCCCAACUGUCUUUACCUGAGUCUGAGGUCCAGGAAAGCGAAGUGUCACAGGCAGGGGACAAAGAGGACCUGCGUAUGGAGCUGGAGCGCUCAGUGGACAACUCCAACAUCCUGCCCCCUCGCGAGCGCAAAGCUGGCUGCAAGAACUUCUACUGGAAGGGAUACACUUCCUGCUGAGGGAAGACAGACCUGCCCAUUUUAUGAUCGAAUGCUGCCAGUUACAUUACACCGCAGUCUUGCACCUGCCAAUCAACAGUUGGCUAUUCCUGCCUAAUGACCUAUUUUUUAAAUCAACAAAAUCAUGUACCUGUCUAAUUUAUGAAAUAAAGCUAAAAUAAUGUUA